GACAAAUGGCAGCUGUCCUUCUACGUCGUCUUUUGUCUUCUGCUUUUGAAGAAGUUUAUCCAGCUCUUUCACCCGAUGAUCAGACCUCUAUCAAGAGUGGAUUGCUGUUGAUUAUUCAGUUGGAAACACAGUCCAGUAUGAGGAAAAAAAUCUGUGACAUUGUUGCUGAAUUGGCCAGGAAUUUAAUAGAUGAAGAUGGAAACAACCAGUGGCCAGAAGUUCUGAAAUUCCUGUUUGACUCUGUCAGCUCUCAGAAUGUGGGUCUGCGUGAGGCUGCUCUACAUAUUUUCUGGAAUUUCCCUGGGGUUUUUGGGAAUCAGCAGCAACACUAUUUGGAGGUCAUUAAGAGAAUGCUGGUUCAGUGUAUGCAAGAUCAAGAACAUCCAUCAAUCAAGACACUGUCUGCUAGAGCUGCAGCUGCCUUUGUGCUUGCUAAUGAGCACAAUCUUCCCCUACUUAAACACUUUGCAGACUUGCUACCUGGAAUCUUGCAGGCUGUUAAUGAUUCCUGCUACCAAAAUGACGAUUCUGUCCUGAAAUCCCUUGUAGAAAUUGCAGAUUCUGUUCCCAAGUAUUUACGACCACAGUUAGAGCCUACAUUGCAACUAAGUCUGAAGUUGUGUGCAGAUGCCAGUCUCAGUAACAUGCAGCGUCAGUUGGCACUUGAAGUAAUUGUGACCUUGUCAGAAACUGCUGCUGCUAUGCUGAGGAGGCAUACCAACAUCGUUGCACAAGCCAUUCCUCAAAUGUUAGCAAUGAUGGUUGACUUGGAAGAAGAUGAAGACUGGGCAAAUGCAGAUGAGCUUGAAGAUGAUGAUUUUGACAGCAAUGCAGUUGCUGGUGAGAGUGCACUGGACAGGAUGGCAUGUGGCCUCGGAGGAAAACUUGUUUUACCUAUGAUUAAAGAACAUAUUAUGCAAAUGCUUCAGAAUCCUGACUGGAAAUACAGGCACGCUGGCUUGAUGGCUCUCUCAGCCAUUGGAGAAGGUUGCCAUCAACAGAUGGAGGGAAUUUUAAAUGAGAUAGUUAAUUUCGUUUUGCUGUUCCUUCAGGAUCCUCAUCCGAGAGUGAGAUACGCUGCUUGUAACGCUAUUGGACAGAUGGCAACUGACUUCGCACCUGGUUUUCAAAAGAAAUUUCAUGAGAAGGUGAUAGCAGCUCUUCUGCAAACCAUGGAAGAUCAAGGCAACCAACGAGUUCAAGCCCAUGCAGCUGCAGCACUCAUAAACUUCACUGAAGAUUGUCCCAAGUCGCUGCUUAUUCCAUAUUUGGAUAAUCUAGUGAAGCAUCUUCAUUCCACUAUGGUGAUAAAAUUACAAGAGUUGAUACAGAAAGGCACUAAGCUAGUUUUGGAGCAAGUUGUGACUUCAAUUGCAUCAGUUGCAGAUACAGCAGAGGAGAAGUUUGUUCCCUACUAUGAUUUAUUUAUGCCAUCUCUAAAACACAUUGUUGAGAAUGCCGUUCAGAAGGAAUUAAGACUUCUACGAGGAAAGACUAUUGAAUGCAUCAGCCUAAUUGGUCUUGCCGUUGGUAAAGAAAAGUUUAUGCAAGAUGCAUCAGAUGUAAUGCAGCUGUUAUUGAAGACACAAACAGACUUCAGUGAUCUAGAAGAUGAUGAUCCACAGAUUUCUUACAUGAUCUCAGCAUGGGCCAGAAUGUGUAAAAUUCUUGGAAAGGAAUUUCAGCAGUACCUUCCUGUUGUCAUGGGACCUUUAAUGAAGACUGCGUCCAUUAAACCUGAAGUAGCUCUUCUAGACACACAAGAUAUGGAGAAUAUGAGUGAUGAUGAUGGUUGGGAAUUUGUAAAUCUAGGAGAUCAGCAAAGUUUUGGAAUUAAAACUGCAGGCCUUGAAGAAAAAGCAACUGCAUGCCAGAUGCUGGUUUGCUAUGCAAAAGAGCUGAAAGAAGGAUUUGUGGAGUACACAGAACAAGUUGUAAAGCUGAUGGUUCCUUUGUUGAAGUUCUAUUUCCAUGAUGGUGUUCGAGUGGCAGCAGCAGAGUCGAUGCCCCUGCUUCUUGAAUGUGCUAGAGUUCGUGGGCCAGAGUACCUCACACAGAUGUGGCACUUCAUGUGUGAUGCGCUCAUCAAAGCCAUUGGGACAGAACCAGAUUCAGAUGUCCUCUCAGAAAUAAUGCAUUCUUUUGCAAAGUGCAUUGAUGUAAUGGGAGAUGGAUGCCUUAACAAUGAACACUUCGAAGAACUUGGAGGAAUACUGAAAGGAAAACUAGAAGAGCACUUUAAAAACCAAGAAUUAAGACAGGUGAAAAGACAAGAUGAAGACUAUGAUGAACAAGUUGAAGAGUCAUUACAAGAUGAGGAUGACAAUGAUGUUUAUGUUUUGACUAAAGUAUCGGACAUUUUGCACUCAAUAUUCAACAGUUAUAAAGAGAAGGUACUCCCAUGGUUUGAAAGGCUACUUCCACUAAUUGUCAACCUAAUUUGUCCACAUAGGCCGUGGCCAGACAGGCAGUGGGGGCUGUGCAUUUUUGACGAUAUUGUAGAGCACUGCAGCCCCUCCUCGUUCAAGUACGCUGAAUACUUCCUGAGGCCAAUGCUCCAGUCAAUAUGUGACAACAGCCCAGAGGUUAGGCAAGCAGCUGCCUACGGUGUUGGAGUUAUGGCACAAUUUGGUGGAGACAGCUAUCGUCCUUUUUGCACAGAGGCGCUUCCAUUGCUGGUGAGAGUCAUUCAGUCACCAGAUGCCAAAACCAAAGAGAAUGUCAAUGCAACAGAGAACUGCAUUUCAGCUGUAGGAAAGAUAAUGAAGUUCAAGCCUGACUGUGUAAAUGUUGAAGAAGUCCUGCCACACUGGUUAUCGUGGCUUCCACUUCAUGAAGAUAAAGAAGAAGCUGUUUAUACUUUCAAUUAUCUGUGUGACUUGAUUGAGAGCAACAACCCAAUUGUCCUCGGUCCCAACAAUUCCAACCUUCCCAGGAUAUUUGGUAUAAUAGCAGAUGGUGAAAUUCAUGAAGCUAUUAAACAUGAAGAUCCAUGUAUCAAGCGGUUGGCUAAUGUUGUUCGCCAAGUGCAGACAUCUGGACAACUGUGGACAGAAUGCAUAUCACAGCUCAAUGCAGAUCAACAGGCAGCCAUACAGGAGCUCCUGAACUCUGCUUGAAGGGCCUUAAUUAUCAUCUGCAAGAAAACUAACUCCAAAUAAACGUUUACCCUACUGUUUAGGUUUCUUUUGUUUCUUUUUUGAGUAAAACCAGAACUGUAGUGCGUGUAGGCCAUUCUUCUGCAACCUACAGGCAGUGGCAGCAGGAAGAAGCAUUCUUUCAGAAUGGUGUUUAAAUCGGUUUCUAUCCCACAACACAGAAGACGUUUCCUGUAAACCCUACAAUAGCACUGAAGAGUAUUUUUCUAAUGGUAUAAGCCACCCUACGAUGGUGAAAGGGAAACAAGUUGAAUUUUCUCAUUAGACAUAAUGAAUUAAGAAACAGCUUUAAGACUUUCAGCAGUAGAUGUACGUUAUAACAGAUAAACGUUUCUCUACAUCUAGUGUUAAUUGUAUUAAUUGGAGUGUGAGUCUUUGUAGGGUAGAGAAUGUCCUUCUGCCCAACAAGUUAGUAGAUCAAAAGAUGAAAAACUGAAGACAAACAUCGAGCAUGAAGACCUCAUUGAUCGCACUUUCAGAUCCCCAAAACAACAGUGACUCAAUGAGGAAAGCUGUUCAGCUUCCAGCCCUUGAAUGUGAAGUCUCUUUGGCAUGUCUGACAGUAUCUCAUUCACUCCUCAAUAAAUGACAUUGAAACACAAGAAGCUUGUGUAGAAGUUCA